CAUUUGAGAGGUGGGACGCGCUUCCGGAAGCUGUCAGCCGUGAACACCGCAUCAACUGCAAUGAGUUUUGAGUGGCCCUGGCAGUAUAACUUCCCACCGUUUUUUACGCUACAGCCCAAUGUUGAUACGAGACAGAAACAGCUGGCGGCAUGGUGUUCCCUGGCUCUGUCUUACUGCCGGCAUCACAAGCUCUACACCCUGGACGUCAUGGAGGCUCAGGAAAGCCCCGUGUUCAACAACAAGAAGAUAGAACGAAAACUGUCAAUGGAAGCAAUUCAAGUUGUGUUUGAGGAAUUGAGGAAAAAAGGGAACCUCGAGUGGUUGGACAAAAACAAGUCUCGGUGUUUAGUCAUGUGGAGACGACCGGAGGAAUGGGGCAAGUUAAUAUACCAGUGGGUUUCCAAAAACGGGAUGGUCAACUCUGUGUUUACACUUUACGAGUUGUCCAACGGUGAUGACACAGAAGGUGAAGAGUUCCACGGUUUGGAAGAGUGGAUGCUGCUGCGCUCUUUGCAGGCGUUACAAACAGAAGGCAAAGCAGAGGUCAUCACCAUAGAUGAUGGAAAGGGGGUCAAAUUCUUUUGAAACGGUGCUGGAAUCACACACACACUCUUAUCUGGGAGCCGUCAUACUGUACCUUACAGGAAAUGUUUAAGAUUUAGCCAUUUAAGGCUAUACAAGGUGCACCUCAUAACCCAGCCCAAAGGAUGCUGGUCCUGCAGUUGUUGUUGCCUUUUGCUUUGCCCGAGUUCAAAGCCUUUUCUUAUUGGAAGACAACCAAUAUCAUUUCGACGUGUUUGAGGGGGGCGGGGAAGUAUUUGAGGUGACAGUGUUUUAAAGUUGUCACUCUUUUUGAGGUAACAUUUGUUGCCAUUUAAACAUGCAAUGAGUCUUAUCAGGGUAAACACUAUCAUGUCUGAAUACUCCUGGGGAAAAUCUCUCCCCAUCAGCUGUAACUUCGCUCUUUCUUUAUUGUAAAUACGACAACUUUUAACCCUGAUUUUUCCCUGCUAACAAAAUUUGGGUAUAAUUAGCUCUGGACCACUUUUGCUCGGGUGUUGUUCCUCUGUUCCAACCAGACAUCCCAAAGAAAUCCCAGAACACAACACCAGGGGGACUUUUUAUUUUGAGAAUAAAUGCUUCCAGAAGAGGAACACCACAGAGACUUGGACCACCAAUCCUGGCUCCACUCAGCUGAGUGUAAUAAUAGUGGACUUCAUGUACAGAUUGCUGUCUAUUAUUGUGCAGUAGCUACUGUGACACUCCUGUUCUCCUCUCGCUCUCUUUCUUUGUGUAUAUCCAACCAACUUUUUUCAUAUCCUGUAGAAAAAUAAAUUAGAAAUUUGAUACA